ACCAUUUGCAUUUUACUAUUUACACUGUUUAUUCGAUAUAAAAAACUCCCCACAUCCGCCUUGUUCAUCGCCUCAGUCACUUUACGUUUUUUUAGGGUAAAAAAAUGGCAGAGAGUAGGUUGGCCGGAACGGUGAAGUGGUUCAACGACCAAAAGGGUUUUGGGUUCAUCACUCCGACGGACGGCGGCGACGACGUUUUCGUUCACCAGUCAUCGAUCCGUUCCGAUGGGUUCCGUAGCCUUGCAGAUGGUGAAGAGGUCGAGUUCGUCAUUGAGUCUUCCGAAGGUCGUUCCAAGGCUGUUGAUGUUACUGGACCCAACGGCGAACCUGUUCGUGGCAGCUCGAGAUCCGGACGCGGUGGCGCCGGCGGUGGUGGUGGGUACAGAGGUGGAGGGAGGGAAGGUGGCUAUGGUGGAGGAGGGUGUUUUAAGUGUGGAGAGGUUGGACAUUUGGCAAGGGACUGUGGGCAAGGUGGCAGCGGCGGCGGCGGUGGAAGAUACGGGGGUGGCGGAGGUGGAUACAGUGGGUUGGCUUGUUACAACUGUGGUGUCGCCGGUCACUUUGCCCGGGAAUGCCCUGGCAAUAACCGUUGAGCCUUAAUCCCUGCAGUCUAUUAUGAAGUAUUGUUAGGUUUUUGAGUAUUUCAAGGAUUAUAAUGUUAGUUAUAUUGUGAUGUUUUAAAAUAGUUGUAAUGGGCACUUUUUGUAAAGUUAUUUGCUCUAAUGGAAGAAUUUGGUAUAAGAAAUGGAAAUAAUGUUAAAACUUAAAA